AUGGAAAAUGAAAUUCACGAAGAGCUUACUAAUUAUCUCUCGAUUAUUUUAGAAGAACUUUGUGUUGAAAAAAAUCAAGAAACGAAUGUAAUUGAUAACUUGAUACGUAAUCAAAGUCAGGCAGGUUGUAUAAAAAAAUGUUCAGUUUGUAAUACCUCCAAUAUCGAUAACAAGAAGCGGGUUUGUCCUACAUGCCGUAAUAGAUUACCGACGAUUACUGAAAUAAAUCAGCAGCUUGAUGAAUCAGCUAAUAUAGUAAAUACUAAUGAAAAGUCUCUAGUUAUUAAUUCUUAUACAUUUAGGGAAUCAAGAUAUUCUGAAAAUGAAGCCCAUGAACCUCGAGUACGUCCUAGUUACAUUUCUGAAUCACGUCGAUUUCGAGCUCAGAUAAGGAAAUCUCAGUUUGUAAAUCCAAAUGUUGAUAAUCGGAUUUUUCAAAAUAUAAGUGGAGAAUGGACGCUAAGUGAAGAAAUGAAACGAUUUAGUGAAAUUGCAUGUUCAAAGAGAAUUGAGUUUAUUGAAGCAAAACUAAUUAAAAAAAUUUCAUUAGGCAUUUGGCAUCCAGUACCUAUAACAUGUGAAGAGGCGGAUCUUCAAAAAACUGAUAGUUCUUUAACAAGACCGCAAAUUUUAUCUAUUAUUAACUCUUUAAUUCCUCUUUUAGGUGAUGCGGAUCGAUCACGUUUUCGAGGUUUGUCGAAUAAGUCUCGUGAUAACUUAAUGAUUAUUCUUCAAGAAAUUAGGAAUAUAUUAGCUGACAAUGGCGUUAGUACCAAUAAUGAAGUGUAA